AUGUCGGCACUUCCUGCAAAGCCUGGCCUGCGCCACAGUGUGCCGGAGUGGUACGACAACAACCACCAGCUGUCUGCCACAGCACAACAUGAGCGACAUGUUUCUAACGUGAUCCGGCAGGAAGGGAGGUCACUGCGCGACCAGACCAACUGUCAGACAACCUGGGAUGAAAGCGACACCUCUUGCAGGUUGAGGGACCGGGCCUGGGAUGUUGCCCGGUGGAAAGAGACGUUAGAAGCAUGUGCACAGAAAGUGGAUAAAGAGAUGGAGGCUCUCACUCUGUCUAAGGAGCAAACAGAGCAGGCCCUGGCUGCGACUGCCGUUCCCCUGGAGGUCAGCAAUGAAUGCUUGACGCUGAGGGACGGGCGGCGAGGGUACGAGCUUGUCAUAGACCCCGCAGACGAGCAGCUGAAAAAAGAAGUGGCGCUGAUUGAAAGAGUGCAGCAAGCUCUGCAGCAGCACAUAGACAAGGCCUUUGAGCAACUGUGUGUCCUGCAGGAGGCUCGGCACCAUCUGACCGCCGACCUCCAGAACAAGAUGGACGCCCUAGACAUUGAUAUGUCCUGCCUGUCACUUACAAUAAAGUCACCUGAGAUCUCCCUGAAGACCAACCCAACUCGUAUAGCAUCAGGUUCCUCCACCCCACAGGAGUGGAUCCAGUUCAGCCAGUAUAACGUAGAUCGAGCCCAGGAGGCCAUGCAGGUGUCCCAGCAAAUGAGGGAGGACACGAGUCUCGCCAGAGCCCAGCUGCAGAACGAGUUGGACACUCAGCGCAGGGCCACCGAGUUUGCUCUCCGUAAGCGUAAUCACCAUGAAGAGCAGGCCCGCAAUGAGCUGGAGUGGCAGAUAAGAAAUACUGAAGAUGAAAUGGCAGAAAUGGAGAGCGACAUCCAGGGGCUGGAUGCAGACCUGCAGGCGAAGAUGGCCUCCCUGAAACUGGCUCACACCAGACUGGAGAACAGGACCACCAGACCUGGCACGGACCUGUGCAGAGACGAGGUGCAGCAUGGCCUCGUUAAUGAAGUCCAUCAGCUGGAGUCCACAAUCACAGUGCUGAAACAGAAGCUUUCUGAGGCUCAGCUCACUCUGCAGAAGAUGAAGCUCCAUCACUCCCGCAUGCUGCAGGAUCUGUCCAGAAAACAGGAAGCUCUGUCUCUGGAGCAACGGAGCCUGACCACCCGCACUCGCCUCACAUCCACCUCCUGCACUGAUAAAGCCCCGGUGCUGCUGGUCCCACUCACAAACUCCAGCGGGAGGAGCAACCUGCAGCUGCUGGCUCAGUGA